AAAAAUCGACUCUCCCCAGCGCUUAUGGUUCUCCGCCCCUAUUAAUUGAAAGAGUCACGAGGGAGCGCGAUUAUUACUUCUUGAGUGGGUGAUUUUCUCAGGAAAGGGUCUCAGACAAACCAGCCCCUGUUUAAGAUGUUUCGGGUUCUUUUCUUUUCGCUCUUUCUUGGUACAUGUUACGGGCAGUUCCCUCGAGCCUGUACGGACGAUUUGAGCCUCUCCACCGGCAGGUGUUGCCCCCUGUGGCCGACUGCAGACGGGACAGGGUCGUCUUGCGGGGAGGCUCUGGGCCGAGGCACCUGCCGUCAGAUUCAGCCGGACGACUCACCCCACAGCCCCAGCUACCCCUACGUGGGAGUGGACGACCGGGAACGAUGGCCGACUGUGUACUGGAACUGGACUUGUGAAUGCCGAGACAACUUUUACGGAUUCGACUGUAGUGAGUGUAAGUACGGCUAUGUGGGACCCAACUGUACCGAACGAAAGGUUUUAAUCCGUCGGAACAUCUUCGACCUAUCGUGGUGGGAGAGAAGACAAUUUCUGCGAGCGCUAGACGAAAGCAAAACCACCGUGAGCGAGCGUUGGGUCAUCCCUGUGACGCCUUACGUUGAUUUCCUUACAAAUGGAACCAAACCAGCAUUCGCCAACGUCACGACGUACAACGUCUUGGCCUGGAUGCACUACUAUGUCUCCAGGAAUGUCCUGCUUCCAGACGGGGGCGUGUUUGAAUCCGUAGACUUCGCGCACGAGGGUCCGGUCUUCUUGCCGUGGCACCGCUUGUUCUUACUGCUCUGGGAGAGGGAACUGGCCAGGUUCGUGGAUGACGAGAAUUUCGCCAUCCCAUACUGGGACUGGCGCGGCUUGGACGGCUGUGAUGACGUCUGUACGGACGACUUCCUGGGUGCCACGCCUCAGAACAUCAGCGGACUACUGAGCAAUGAGACGGUGUUCUCAGACUGGCAGGUCAUAUGUACUCGUGAUGACGAGUAUGACGCACUCCGGACGGUUUGUGACGGCAGUCCGGAAGGUCCCCUUCUCCGGAACCCCGGGACCGUUCCGGACUACUCCAGCCUUCCCACCUGGCAGGACGUACGGGACGUCUUGGAACUAGACCAGUACGAAACGCCCCCUUACGACAGGUCCGCGAACUUCAGCUUCGUGAACACACUGGAAGGAUUCGCUUCACCGGAUGGUAUUGCAAGCGUCCGGAGCUACCUGCACAACGCUGUCCACCGCUUCAUGAACGGGACCCUCAGCUCGGUCGGGUCUUCCGCGAACGAUCCGAUCUUCAUCAUCCAUCACGCGUACGUGGACAGUAUAUAUGAAGUCUGGCUGAGAAAAUUCAGACCCAACGUGAGCGCCCUGAUUGCAGAAAAUGCGCCCAUUGGUCACAACAGGGGUUCCUACAUGGUGCCGUUUAUACCCCUUCACACCCCCGAAGACUUCUUCACACUAACUACAGACUUUGGGUAUGAAUAUGACUACCUCAUUGUGAUCGAUGUCGCCUGGUGGGAAGACUUAGGCUUCCUGAAGUUCUACGGCAUGUUGGUAGGGGGCAUGAUGAUCGCCGGGAUGCUGCUGGUCGUUACCGUGGCAACCACCAGGCGCUUCUGCUGCCAGGCCCGGCAGAUCUACCGGCCCAAGAUCCGCAGGAUCGUGCGGGUCCCGGUCGGGCCCGAUCCGGCAGAGACCGAGUCUUCCGGCGGGGAGACCGAAACAACGCCGCUGAUCAACAAGCAGGAACCGCAGCCGAGAUACGCCGUGGUUUAUUUGUGAUUACACUCAAGCUUUUGUGGGGAAAUGGUCUGUAUUAGCAUGAAAGCUCAUCUGUGUUGAUAUGAUCCAUAUUGAAGUAUUUAACUGUCAGUCAAAACAAUAAAAUUCGAGGUGAGCAAUUUGUUGUGUUGACUGUUUAAAACUAUUAAGUAUAAAAAUCGUCUGUAUUUUGUUUUUAUAAGAUAUGUAUAUCUAGACAGUUUCCAAAGAAUCUUGUAAGAUAUUAAAUGGUUAGAUUAGGUCUACGUCACAUUUCCAAACCGGACCCGACCGGG